UUCCCUUUUUGGACCCCAUCCCGUGGCCGGAGCUGCAGGGGAACGGGCGACGCGCGCGCACACACACACGCACGCACGGAUCGCGCAAGCCCGCUGGAUCGGCCCGGCGAGGUCCAUGUGGAGGUUGGCUCGAUGGACGCGCCCGAGUGCGCUGCUGCCGCAGCUGCUGCUUCUUAGGCGAUCGGCGGGAUCCUAAAAGGUUGAUGACCAUGGUUGCCAGGACCUGCUGCCUACUAGCAUUGCUGCUUUCUCAUAUAUUGCUGGGUGGCUCGGCCAGCCUCAUUCCAGAGGUGGGCGACCGGCGAAGGUUUAGUGGCGAGUUGGGCCAGUCUGCUCCCCUGCAGCUCUCGGAAGGCAUCCUGCGCGAGUUUGAGCUGCGUCUGCUCAAUAUGUUUGGGCUUCAGCGGCGGCCCACCCCGAGCAAGAAUGCGGUCAUUCCUCCGUAUAUGUUGGAGCUCUACCAUCUGCACACGGGUCAGAAGCCAACCACCAUGGACUAUAACCUGGAGAAGGCAACCAGCAGGGCCAAUACAGUCAGGAGCUUCCACCAUGAAGAAUCCCUGGAACAACUUCCAGAAAGAAGUGGGAAAACAUUACGGCGUUUCUUCUUUGAUUUGACCUCGAUCCCUAAUGGGGAAUUUAUCACUUCAGCUGAGCUUCAGGUUUUCCGGGAGCAGGUCCAAGAUCUCUUUGUGAGCAACAGCAGCUCUUACCACCGCAUUAAUAUUUAUGAAAUUAUAAAGCCAGAGGGAGAGGCCUCCAAGGACCCAGUCACCGCCCUCUUGGACACUCGCUUGGUGCAUCACAAUGCCAGCAAAUGGGAAACCUUUGAUGUCACGCCAGCCGUGAGGAGGUGGAUUGCACAGGGGCAACCCAAUCAUGGCUUUGCGGUAGAGGUGGUGCACUUGGACAACAAGAGCAGUGCCUCCAAGAGGCACGUCCGGAUCAGCAGGUCAUUGCAUCAGGAUGACACGAGUUGGUCUCAGAUCAGGCCGUUACUGGUCACCUUUGGUAACGACGGAAAGGGACACCCUCUCCACAAGCGAGAGAAACGUCAGGCAAAGCACAAAGAGCGCAAGCGCCAUAAAUCCAAUUGUAAAAGGCACCCUUUGUACGUGGACUUCAAUGACGUAGGGUGGAAUGACUGGAUAGUGGCCCCACCGGGCUAUAGUGCCUUCCAUUGUCGUGGAGACUGCCCCUUUCCACUGGCAGAUCACCUGAACUCCACCAACCAUGCCAUCGUUCAGACUCUGGUCAAUUCCGUGAAUUCCAAAAUCCCCAAAGCUUGCUGUGUGCCGACAGAACUUAGCCCCAUCUCUAUGCUCUACCUUGAUGAGAAUGAAAAGGUGGUACUAAAGAACUAUCAAGACAUGGUUGUGGAGGGCUGUGGGUGCCGUUGAUGCAGCAGCAGAGUAAUUUUUUAAAAAAAUGGACAAAAGGAAAAUUUGAAAAAAAAACACACACAAAACUUGACACUUUAAUAUUUCGCAAUGAAGACCUUAUUUAUGUUAUGAAAUGGAGAAUUAAACACAUCUAUUUUGAAAAUCUAUUUAUGUCUACAGAAAAAAAGUGAGGAAAAAUAUUUUAAUCAGAGAAUAUUCCUUUUAAAAGAUUUUAAAACAUAUUUUAGUUGUACAUUUUAUAUGGGUUUAACCCUCCUUUCCCUCAGCACAUGAAGUAUAAAGGUCAGAAUCUUAUUUUGUAUUUAUUUGCUAUUAUAACCACUUUUUAGAAGAAUAGCUAAUUUGUAUUUAUAUGUAUAAUCAAAAAAGGCAGAAGAAGAAGAAGAAAAAAAUAUGGGGCUUGUACAUAAUUUAAAACAAAUGGUAGCUGUUUUCAGUUGUGUGUAUUUAAGUACAUUAAAAUGUGUACAUGGAAGGGUUACUAUGGCAAAGGUGCAUAACGCAUUUUGCUUUCUGCAGUUCUACUGUUAAGGUCACAAGUGCAAGCCCAAUGAAAAGUGGCUAAUCCACCCUGCUGACUCAAGAUUAUAUUGUACAAUUCUCAGGAAUGCUGCAGGGUGGGCUGCCCAGUCCAUGAGAAACUGGCACCCUUCAGAUGUGGAACAUUUGGAUAAGAACCGGAACGGCCAUUCCUCCUGGAGGUGUGAUGUGACCACCAGCUGGGCUGAUAGAGAACUUCUCACUUUUUCUUCCCCCCUCCACACCUACAGAAAAGCAAAAUGUUUAUGCUGUUCCUCCCCUUUACGUAGUUCAUCCAUUGGAAUCCAUUGUCCCGGCCAAAUGUUAAAUAAAAGACCAGAUUUCUUCCGUUUUUAAAAGCUUAUUUCUGUUUGCCUUUCCUAACAUCUUGAGAGAAGGGGGUUUUCUUUCUUCUCCCCCUUUUUUCUGCCACCGAGGAAUACUUGUUUAAGCAUACAAAAUAUCAAAAGUGAUGCAAUCAAUUGUUUUUAAUAAUGAGGGGUGUAACACAGUUCCAUCUGGAAAGCAACAUGAGAAACACAGACCAUGUUAACUUUUCCUUCAUUUAAAAACAUGUAAUGGUUGGUGUUUUCUAGUUACUUUUUCAGCUGUCAAGAGGAUUUUAAUUUGUUCUUUGAAGGCAUUUAGACUGGAAUUCUUCCACUGUUAUUUUUUUUUCUUCCCUUCCUAUAGCAACCCUGAAGUUUUGUCCAUUGGUUAGCAGACAGAAGUGAACAACACAACAAAUAGUGCAACAAAUUAUGGAACAGUUCUAGGAUGGUGAUAACUAAUGGGAGGGAGCAUUGUAAGAGGUCACAUAGAAGUUGCAUUUUAAAUGCCACAAUCCACACCUUAGACAGAGUUUAGAGGGGGAAUGGCUUUGAGAGAAGCUUGUCCUUUCCUAAGGUCUUCAAACACACGCAGAGGAGGAAGAGAAGUUACGGCAGCAUCAUGCCUAUACAAAUCCUCCCCCCCAUAUGGGAAGCCUAGGAGGAGGUAAAAGUUCAUAUGUAGUGGGAAAAAAAAUCAUCUCCAAAAUAAAUAACAUAAAGCCAGGUGUCCAGGUUUCGUUGAGUUGUCAUGGCCAUACUGCCCCAGAAAUAGAAUGAACGUCAUAAUUAAGAUUUUGAAGAUGAAAAUC